AAACGAGACGAGCCCGGGAAGCACGCGGUGAAGGGUGUCACGUGGCGGAGGUUUCUUGGUAGUGAAGCAAGUCAAGUCAACCACACGGCUAGCGAACCCUCCUCUCACCAGCUAUAAACCCGAUCCCGCAUUCGAUGGGCUUCGUCCCAGACUCCCGGUCGAGAGAAGAGACUGAGAGAGAGAGAUGCGCGAGCAAUGGGCAAACCUGGGCUCCGCCAUCGCCAGCCUCAUGUUCCUCGGGGCGGUCCUCAGCAAAUUCUUCCCCUUCGGCCCUGAAAUCAUCAUCACCAAAUACUUGCACAAACUCGCAUCCUUCAUCUACCCCUAUGUCCAGAUCAAAAUCCCAGAGUACACCGGCGAGCGCAUGAAGCGCAGCGAGGCCUUCACCGCCAUCGAGGCCUAUCUCAGCGCCUCUUGCUCGCAGCGCGCCAACAAGCUCAAGGGCGAUCUCGGCAAGGACAGCAGCAAACUCGUCCUCAGCAUGGACGACCACGAGGAGGUCACCGACGAAUUCGGCGGCGCCAAGUUCUGGUGGUCGUCGACCAAGUCCACACGUCAAGCCCAGACCCUCUCCAUCUACCCUGCUCCAGAAGAGACGAGGUCGUACCACUUCACCUUCCACAAAAGGAACCGGCAGCUCGUUCUCGAUUCCUAUCUCAGCCAUGUGCUAAAAGAGGGCCGCGAGGUCGCCGUCCGGAACCGGCGGCGGAAGCUGUACUGCAACAACCCUAGCAGCAAUUGGCAUGGCUACAAGAGCAGUGUGUGGAGCCACGUGUUGUUCGAGCACCCGUCCAGCUUCGACACCCUCGCCAUGGACCCCGGGAAGAAGCUGGAGAUCAAGAAGGAUCUCGACGCGUUCCGCAAGGGGAAGGACUACUACGCCAAGAUCGGCAAGGCCUGGAAGAGGGGAUACCUCCUCUACGGCCCGCCCGGCACCGGCAAGUCCUCGAUGAUUGUUGCGAUGGCUAAUUUCCUGGAUUACGACGUCUACGACUUGGAGCUGACGACCGUCAAGAACAACGUCGAGCUGCGGAAGCUCUUCAUCGAGACGACGGGCAAAUCCAUCAUAGUCAUCGAGGACAUCGACUGCUCGCUGGACCUCACCGGUAAGAGGAAGCAGAAAGGCAAGAAAGAGGAAGGCGCAAGCGAGGAUAAGAAGAAUCUGCCACCAGGACAAGAAGAGAAGGAUGAGAGCAGCAAGGUGACUCUAUCCGGGCUUCUCAACUUCAUCGACGGCAUCUGGUCCGCCUGCGGCGGAGAGAGGCUGAUAGUGUUCACGACCAACCACAUAGAGAAGCUGGAUCCGGCGCUGAUCAGGAGGGGGCGGAUGGACAAGCACAUCGAGAUGUCCUACUGCUGCUUCGGGGCAUUCAAGGUGCUGGCCAAGAACUAUUUGGACGUCGACUCGCACCCUAUGUUCGACACCAUCCGGGACCUGAUGGAGGAGGUGAAGAUUACCCCCGCGGAUGUGGCGGAGAACCUGAUGCGGAAGUCUGGGGACGAGGAUGCAGACUCGUGUCUUAAGAAUUUGAUCCAGGCCAUGAACAAAGCCAGGGAGGAGGAAGCAUCCAAACAAGCUCAGGCCAGUACCGAAGAAAUUGUGGAGGGGGAGGAGGAGAAAAGUGGAGCUAAGGAGGAGGAAGCAUCCAAACAAGCUCGGGCCAGUACAGAAGAAAUUGUGGAGGGGGAGGAGGAGAAAAGUGGAGCUAAGGAGGAGGAAGCAUCCAAACAAGCUCAGGCCAGUAGAGAAGAGAUUGUGGAGGGGGAGGAGGUGAGUGCAGCUAAGGAGGAGGGAGCAUCCAAACAGGCUGUGCGCACUGGAGAGAUGAAUGGGGAGGAUGAGAGUGGAAGUAGAGCCGAUGGAGUUUAGCAGGAACUUCUGUGAAGAAGUUUGUUGCUCAAGUUAUUAUCUUCUGUCAUAAAUUUGAUACCUAGUGGAGAUAAUUGGAUCUUUUAAGUUUAUAGCUUGCUUUCUGCCCAUUUGUGGAUCCAACUCGAAACAAGUUCAACCGAACCCGAACUUAACGUGAGUUUACUUUGUCAUUUGUCAUACAGAAAUUUGCUCAAGUGCGAACUAGCCUUAGCUAUUAA